UCUGGGAAAUUUACAGGCUGGGCCAUGGAUACGCCGCUGAGGCGCAGCCGGCGGCUGGAGGGUCUAAAGGCUGAGCCUCCCGAGAGCCCCGCCUCAGUGUUGCGGCCGAGACGGGUCCUUGUGGAGUUCGAAUCGAACCCGGAGGAAAUGAGACAGCCCGGCUCGCCUCGGCUGGUGCGGCAACCCGGCCUGGAGUCCCCCCGAGGCCAGCCGGAGACAUGCCCGGGAUCACCCUGUCUAGGGCAGGGGGCAGGCCUGGGUUCUCCCAGAAGGGAGCCGGAGCCGGGCCCACGGUCCCCCCAGGGUCAGCAAGAUCCAGGCCUGGAGUCUCCCCGAAGACAGCCAGAGUCGAGUCCUGAGUCGCCCCGACGUCAGCCAAAGCCAACUGGGAAGUCAGCAAAGUUCUUCCAGGGCCGAGAAGGACCGGACGCGGACUUGGCCCAGAGUAAGGAGGAGCCGGCCCGGGGGUCCCUCCGACAUCAGCUGCAGUCGGGCCCAGGAUCACCGGAACCUUAUCCUGGUCAGCAAGCGCCCGGUCCGGAGCCGUCGCCGCCGCUACAGGAGCUGACACCCCAGUCAGCUGGCUCCUCCCGGGGUCAGCACGGGCCGAGCAAGCCACCUCCUGCCGGGGAGCUGGGGAGAGACGGCCUCUGGCCAAAGAAGCGAAAAAGGUCUUCACCCCAGGCCCCAGCACCCAAGAAGUUGAAGGAGGAGUUGGAGGUUCCUACAAUCCCGAAGGGAAAGCCCAAGUCCGGACGGGUGUGGAAGGACCGCUCCAAGAAGAGGUUCUCCCAGAUGGUUCAGGACAAGCCCCUGCGCACAUCCUGGCAGCGGAAGAUGAGGGACCGGCAGGAGAGGAAGCUGGCCAAGGACUUUGCCCGGCACCUGGAGGAGGAGAAGGAGAAGCGCCGGCAGGAAAAGAAACAGCGCCGAGCGGAGAACCUGAGGCGGCGCCUGGAGAACGAGCGCAAGGCAGAGAUAGUCCAAGUGAUCCGAAACCCCGCCAAGCUCAAGCGGGCAAAGAAGAAGCAGCUGCGCUCCAUCAAGAAGCGGGACACCCUGGCCCUCCUGCAGAAGCAGCCACCCCAGCGGCCGGCCGCCAAGGUCUGAGCUCAGGUCAGCCUGAGGCCUCCCGUAGCCAACUACCGUGUCAGACACGGCACCUCGGGCCACCGGUCACACACCUCUGCUGGACCUGGCACUCCAACUCUGGCUCCAAAACAGGGACCCUACUCCAGGUGGGGCUCUGAGCCUUUCAGAGCCUCUUAGGCAGGUGUUUGUGAGACAGAGGGAGCCUGAGACCUGGCAGAAAUUAGGGGCUGGGUUGGGAGAAGAGGUUCUGCUCCCUCCUCUCUCCUUCCCCCUUGUCCAAGUGCCUUCAAACCAAGGAGGGCCAAUUCUUCUGGUUCCUCAGGGAACUGGUGCCUGAAGGGUGAUUCCCCCAAAUGUAUACGUUCUGUCUCAAGGUCCUGGGUGCAUCCUAGACCAGGAGGCCGGCAGUCAGGAACCCAGCUCCCCCAUACCUUCCCAAAGGCUGCUUUGCAUACCUCUGCACCCCACUGAACCCCCACUGAAUCCAGUUCCACCCACUUUUCAACACAAAAAGUGAAAAUGGGAGGUUGCGGGGAGCAGGGUUCCUCUCUAGCCCCGUCCCCUGUACCACCCUCUGCAGAAGCCCCAAAGAUCUGAUGAACUCAUGCCCAUGCAGUCUACAACAAAAAUAUUUAUUCAACACCUGCUGUGUACAGGCACAGUUCUAGGUGUCAGGGGAUACAGACAAAAGUCCCUGCUCUCGGGCUUCCAUUCUUAUGGAGAGAACAUAAUAAACAAGUAAAAUAUA